AGACCCCUGGAUUGGCCAGCAGCUGCGAGCGGCGUAGCAGGCACGCAGGCAAGCCGUUGAGAAAGAGGAAGUCGGGUGCUGUUGGGUCACUCUGUGGUUAUCCCAGGCUCUACCCAGCCAGCGGUUCCCUUGGGCCAGCUCAAAACCCUGGCCAUAGGUCAUGGGGACUGCAGGAGCUGGUAGCCAGGCUGAGUGCGUGCAGGUCGCAAAACCGAGCUCCAUCUGGCUCUGAGCCCAAGUCAUGUAUCCAGACCUUUGACUCUGGAGCUGUGGCUUCGGCCACCAAGAGCAGCAGCGGAUCCUGGAAACCUGAGAACCCAGACCUCUUCUCUGCCAUGGGGGAUGAUCAGGAGGAUGAUUUUCCCAGGCGGCUCAGCGAGAGUGCGGAGGACCUCAACCUGGAUCUGGGAGCCCUUCAGGGCAGCGAGUAUCUGCAGGACCUGGGCAUUGGGGCCCCUUCCCACAGCCAGCCUGGGGAGGCCCCUAACAGCCACCUCCCAGAUGAAGGAGCAGAAAGGGAUUCCGUUUUUUCCAGCUUGGCGGGGUCCCAGGACCUGUCAAGGCGGCGCAGCUGGGAGAGGUCACGGAGCUGCUCAGAGAACUGGCGGAGGCUCAGCCUCGAUGCCUCAGCUGUGGAUGAAGAACCCUGUCUCCCUCGAACACUGGCCAGCCUCACUUUGAACCUGCCGGGAGGAGGACUGAAGACUUGGACCCAAGGGUGUCUGUCUGGGGGUGGGACCCCUGCAGAGAGCCCAGGCAAGGAAUGUGACAGCCCCAAGAAAACAAUGAGGUCAAGGUCCGUUCCUGGGUCCUUCUAUGAGAUCCGCUCCCUGGAACUCUCUCCGGGUUUGGAAGUGGUCACUCCACCUGUUCAAGGCCUAGAACCUCCAGUGCUGGAAUGCAUGGAAAAAGACCACGUGGAGCCAGAUCAUGUGCUGAUUGUCCAGCAGGUGCUUCAAGAACUUCGACAGUACCAUGGGGCCCGGCAGAGGGCUUGCAUGUCAGCCAGCCCCGGUGAAGCCCACUCGAGCCUGACCUGGUUUGAGUUCCUGUCGGAGAGUGAGGACAGUGCUGGCAAGAAUGAGAAGAGUGACAAGAGUACCAGUGUGAAGCGCAGGCUGAGCUGCCUCCGCAGUCGAGUGACCAGGCAGAAGGAGAAGGCGAAAAGCCCAGCACAUCUAAAGGAGAAGGGCCAGGAUGCCCGAGAGAGGCGGGAGUGUGUCAAUGGGCACCAGCUGGUACAAGGGACCUUCUCCGGCCCCUCCAGCUGCCCCCUGUGUGGCAAACCCUUCCUGAGCUCAGCCUCGCUCAAGGAGCACCCCCGGGGCACCCUCCUGUCUGAUGGCAGCCCAGCCCUCUCCAGGAAUGUCGGUAUGACGGUCUCUCAGAAAGGUGGUCCCCAGCCAACACCGAGCCCGGCUGGCCCUGGGACGCAACUCGGACCAAUCACAGGAGAGAUGGAUGAAGCCGAUUCUGUGUUUUUAAAAUUUAAGCAGGCAGCUGAUGACUCUGUGUCCCUCACGUCUUCGAACAAUGAGUCCGUUUUUGUAGAAGAUCCCUACGCCGCCUCACUGAGGAGUGAGAUCGAGUCAGACGGCCACGAGUUCGAAGCUGAGUCCUGGAGCCUCACCGUGGACCCGGCCUACGCCAAGAAGCAAAAGAGAGAGGUGGUGAAAAGACAAGACGUCCUUUAUGAGCUGAUGCAGACGGAGGUGCACCACGUGCGGACGCUCAAGAUCAUGCUGAAGGUGUACUCCAGGGCCCUGCAGGAGGAGCUGCAGUUCAACAGCAAGGCCAUCAGCCGCCUCUUCCCAUGCGCUGACGACCUGCUGGAGCUGCACAGCCACUUUCUUGCUCGGCUCAAGGGGCGCCGCCAGGAGUCCCUGGAGGAGGGCAGUGACCGGAAUUACAUCAUCCAGAAAAUCGGUGACCUCCUGGUUCAGCAGUUUUCAGGUGAAAAUGGCGAGAGAAUGAAAGAAAAGUACGGUGUGUUUUGUAGUGGCCACAAUGAAGCUGUCAGUCAUUAUAAGUUGCUGCUUCAGCAAAACAAGAAAUUUCAAAACUUGAUUAAGAAAAUUGGCAACUUCUCCAUCGUGCGGCGGCUUGGUGUGCAGGAGUGCAUUCUCCUGGUUACACAGCGCAUAACCAAAUACCCAGUGCUGGUGGAGCGCAUCGUCCAGAACACGGAAGCUGGCACUGAGGACUAUGAAGACCUGACCCAGGCUCUGAACCUCAUCAGAGAUAUCAUCUCACAAGUGGAUGCCAAGGUCAGCGAGUGUGAGAAGGGCCAGCGCCUCAGGGAGAUCGCAGGGAAGAUGGACCUGAAGUCCUCCAGCAAACUCAAGAACGGACUCACCUUCCGCAAGGAAGACAUGCUUCAGCGGCAGCUGCACCUGGAGGGCAUGCUGUGCUGGAAGACCACAUCAGGGCGCUUGAAAGAUGUCCUGGCUGUCCUGCUGACCGACGUGCUUUUGCUCCUACAAGAAAAAGAUCAGAAAUACGUCUUUGCUUCUGUGGACUCGAAGCCACCCGUCAUCUCGUUACAAAAGCUCAUCGUGAGGGAGGUGGCCAAUGAGGAGAAAGCGAUGUUUCUGAUCAGCGCCUCCUUGCAAGGGCCGGAGAUGUAUGAAAUCUACACGAGCUCCAAAGAGGACAGGAAUGCCUGGAUGGCCCACAUCCGAAGGGCCGUGGAGAGCUGCCCUGACGAGGAAGAGGGGCCCUUCAGCCUGGCGGAAGAGGAAAGGAAGGUGGUUGAGGCCCGAGCCGCAAGACUCCGGGACUUUCAAGAGCGGCUGAGCAUGAAAGACCAGUUGAUUGCACAGAGCCUGCUAGAGAAGCAGCAGAUCUACCUGGAGAUGGCCGAAAUGAGCGGCCUGGAAGACCUGCCCCAGCCCCGAGGCCUGUUCCGAGGAGGGGACCCAUCCGAGACCCUGCAGGGGGAGCUAAUUCUCAAGUCGGUCAUGAGCGAGAUCGAGGGCAUCCAGAACCUGAUCUGCAGGCGGCUAGGCAGCGCCAACGGCCAGGCGGAAGACGGGGGCAAUUCCACAGGCCUGCCCAGGAGGGCCGAGACCUUCGGGGGCUACGACUUCACAAAUAGCCCCAGCAAGAAUGGCAGUUUCAAGAAGAAAGUCGGCAGCACCGAACCCAGGCCCCGAGACUGGCAAGGCCCCCCAAACAGCCCGGACUUGAAGCUUGGUGACAGUGACAUUCCUGUGAGCUCUGAGGAAUCACCACAGGCGGUGGAGGCACCAGGCACGGAGUCUGACCCCGGUCUGCCCACCGUCCUGGAGUCAGAGCUCGUCCAGCGGAUCCAGACGCUGUCCCAGCUGCUCCUGAACCUGCAGGCGGUCAUCGCCCACCAGGACAGCUAUGUGGAGACGCAGCGGGCAGCCAUCCAGGAGCGCGAGAAGCAGUUCCGGCUGCAGUCGACGCGCGGGAACCUGCUGCUGGAACAGGAGCGGCAGCGCAACUUCGAGAAGCAGCGGGAGGAGCGCGCGGCCGUGGAGAAGCUGCAGAACCAACUGCGGCAGGAGCAGCAGCGCUGGGAGCGUGAGCGCGAGAGGCAGCGGCAGGAGCUGGAGCGCGCAGGCGCAAGGCUGCAGGAGCGCGAGGGCGAGGCGCGGCAACUGCGCCAGCGGCUGGAGCAGGAGCGCGCCGAGCUGGAGCGCCAACGCCAGGCCUACCAGCACGACCUGGAGCGGCUGCGUGAGGCCCAGCGCGCCGUGGAGCGCGAGCGGGAACGCCUGGAGCUGCUGCGCCGCCUCAAGAAGCAGAACACUGCGCCAGGCGCGCUGCCACCUGAUGCACUGGCCGAGGCCCAGCCCCCCAGCCACCCUCCCAGCUUCAACGGGGAAGGGCUGGAGGGGCCUCGGGUGAGCGUGCUGCUGUCCAGCGCUGGGCCAGAGUACACAGAGCGCCCUGAGGUGGCUCGCCGGGACAGUGCCCCUGCUGAGAGCCGGCAGGCCAAGAGCGACGUACCCAUCCAGCUGCUUAGCGCCACCAACCAGUUCCAGAGGCAGGCGGCUGUGCAGCAGCAGAUCCCCACCAAGCUGGCGGCCUCCACCAAGGGUGGCAAGGACAAGGGCAGCAAGAGCAGGGGCUCCCAGCGCUGGGAAAGCUCAGCAUCCUUCGACCUGAAGCAGCAGCUGCUGCUCAACAAGCUCAUGGGGAAGGAUGAGAGCACCUCCCGGAACCGCCGCUCACUAAGCCCCAUCCUGCCUGGCAGCCACAGCCCUGCGCCCCUGCCAGACCCUGGCUUCCCCGCCCCGAGCCCACCACCAGCCGACAGCCUCUCUGAGGGCUUCUCUCUCAAGGCCGGGGGCAUAGUCCUCCCACCUGGGCCCCCAGCUCCCUCGACACUGCCAGCCACACCACUCAGCGCCAAGGAGGAUACCAGCAAGGAAGAUGUCAUCUUUUUCUAAAAGGGCCGUGACUCAAGGUGCAAGGCCCCUCCCUGCCCUGCCCACCCUUCCCGCUCUCUGGGGACCCCUGUGGGGUCACCAUGCCCACCGAGCUGUCCCCUUCUCUUCCUGAGCAAACGGUGAUGACCGCCCGGCCGGGCCCGUCCUGGUGGUGCUCCAGGCCUCGAGGUUCCUUCUAUAGGAUUAGUGGUGGUGCCUGGGUCACUUUCUGAACCUCUUCUCUUUUUUUUUUUCAAAGAGGAAAGUUUUAAUGGAAAGUUGAGCCAGAACUAAUCCAGGGAUCUGUCUGAAAUCACAGAGCACCCCAACCAGGUGGCGCGGAGAUCACCUCCAAGCUGUUUUUCCGAGGCAGUGAGGAGCGGUGCCAGCUCUGCACGGAGCCAGGGACAGGGCCAACCUCGCUCUGAGAAGGAGCUGCUGGCUGGGCCCACGCUCCACGGCCAUGUGCGACAUGGAGCCAGGGAUUAGGGCGCCAGGAGGGGCUGCUGGCAUCAGCAGCAUCUGUCCCCAGAAUCAGGCAGAAUCCAUGUCCCAAGCAGAGACCCAUGCAGGUUCACCGUGAACCUCAGGGCCAGAGAAUGAGCCAGGCACGGGGACAGGGGCAGAGAGGGCCACAGGCAGGGCCCACUGAGGGGACACCAGUGGCACUCCGGGCAGCUUCUGUGGGUUCGGAUGCCCAUUGCGAAAGGGGCUGACCUUUGCUCCUUUUUAUUUGGCACCAGCUUUGAAACUAGCUGGUUCCCAAAAUCUACUUUGCCAGGGCACCCAUCGUCAUUCACACACUCAGCCUGUCUCGGGGGCAGGCCUCUAGCUUCAGCCAGAGUGGGUACACACUUCCAGGGCAGGGUCCUCAGCCCUCAGGAAACGAGCUCCCAGGGCUGGGGUCCCACCUUUCGGGCGGUGGCUGGCACAUCACAGACUGUCUAGAGCGCCGCGCUCUGGGACAUGGGAGGAAGUGCCUAGAGAUGUUAUGGCAAGCGGACAAGUGGCCGCCAUGUGGGCCCCUCGCUUGCAUGAGCUGCUGCAGCCCCUGGUCCACCACCCCGGAGGAGUGCAGGAAGGAGGUGCUGGGCAGUGUCGAAGGUGCUGGGAUGUCCCGAGGUGGUCAGAUCCACCCAUGAUCUGGCUUCGGUGGACGAGGGGCACAUUUCAAGCCUUGUUCUGCACCCCAGGGUUCCCCACAGCACCUCCUGAAGCAUCGGUGGCAGGACUGGGUCCUGGCUGGUCGUCCUUGUUCCCAAUGGGGCAUGCAUGCCCCCCGCCCCCCAAGGACCAAGUCCUUCUCCCAAACCCAGGGUCCCGGGAACCGCAGAUCCAGGGGAUUCGGCUCUCCUCCCACCGCACUGGCAGGGCCACUCCUGUGAUGCUGAAUACAGUGAAUGGGGACAUUGUCGCCACUCGGGGACAGAUGGGCACAGGGGAGGGGAAGCUCCUUCAGGAACUACUCCCCUGGGCAGAGGCACCCACUGGGUGCUGUGGGCUCCGAAGGGGACAGGGCAGGAGCUGAUGCCGAACAGGAACCAGAGCCACACAGCCCAUCAGUAACAAAGUCCUGAGAACAGAGUGAGUGGCUGGGCAUCCCCAGGCUCCCGGUCCCUCGGAGGACCUCGGCUCCACUCAGCCUGGUCCUUUGCCGUCAGCAACGCUCUCCACCCUGUGACCCGAGCGUCCCCCCCUCCCCCGUCAGAUUCCCUCUGUGCCAUGUUUUAAUCAGUGUUUUGUAUUUUCGUACUGAGUACCGGAGCACUUUACAAAAGCUGACUGUAUGUUCCUGUUCUGUUGUGAAGAGAACAUUCCCGGACCCUUGCACCCUGAGCUGGCAUGCGCCAGUCCAGCCCUCUGAGACGCCACAAUUCCUUGGAUGGGAGAGAAGUUCAGGGAAUUUCUGCUUGGCCACGUGGUGGGAACCCACAUCCCCAACACAUGGCCAAGGGGUCUCAGUCGUGCUACACGUAGGGUGGUGGCGUUGACAGCCUUUCCCUCAGCAGUGCCCUCGGCCAUUCCUGGGUGGAGCCCGAUUUUCUUUGUAAAGUUGACAGUCGAGCAAAUGUUCAUAUUUUCGUGGGAUCUGCACACGUCUUCGUCCAUUGUGGUCAUGAUCUUAGUUACCUGCUAAUUAUUUUUACAAUGAUUACAACAUUUCCUCACCAAGGAUCUUUCUGACCCGCCUUAGAACUUAAGACCUGAUUCUAGCAAUAAACGUGUCCAAGAUGA